AUGAAUGAAAUUCAAAAGGAUUUUGACGAAAACUCAAACAUUUCCAAUGACGAUAUCAAAGAAGUACCUAAACAAACCGAAGAAGUAAUUAAUCUUGUUAAUUUUAUUCAAGAAAACUCAAAUAACGAAGAAAUUUUUGGUCAAUCACUUCAUCAACUCGUUGAAAUACUCAUCAACAAUUCACGUAAUGAUCUUCAGUUGCUAAAAUGCAUUGACCAUACCAAAAUUUUAGAAGAUUUUAUGAGCUUUUUAUUUUCUGAAAAUAAGGAUAUCGUACUUGACUCACUGAAGCUUCUAAGUGCAAUCACAACUUAUAAUACUCAAUAUUCAUCUUUAAUUUUUCAAAAUGAGAUGUUGUCAAAUUAUUUGAAGCUCUUUGAAUCAUCAUGCAAUGAAAUAACUAUGAAUCUCAUGAUUUUAAUAUUGAAUAACAUGAAAGGUUUUCAAGAGCUUUGUCUUCUAUUUUAUGAUUAUUUUAUUCGAGAACCUGAGAAUUAUUCAUUAACACCAUAUUAUGCAUUAUUCACACUAAAAGAAUUAGAUUAUUUCCAGAAGCUAGAUAACUUUCAAUACGCUAAAAUUAUUGAAUCUUUAGAACUAUAUAUCGAAUCAGGCCAAAAAGAUGCAAUAAUAUAUUCAGGAUUAGCUAUUAUAAAGGGAAUAAAGCAUAACAUAGAACCUUUUAGAGAACACUGUGUUAAGCAUGAUUGGAAUGAUUUAUUUUUAACAAAAUUUGUCUUUCAUCCAUUUUUAUUAGUUAAGAAAGUCGGAUACAAAGGAUUAAGAGCAAUUCUUAUUUAUAUACCACAUGAAUUUCUAUGUGAAUCUAAUUUUGCUCCAAUCAAAUCAAUCUUCGAUGGUUUAUUCCCUCCAGAUGAAUCAACCUGCCAAAUGCUUAAUUAUCUGAAUGAAUAUAUCGAAAGAUUUCCAAGUUUUAUAAAUAUUUUUGUAGUUGAAACAAUUGAAAAUGAUUUAACAUGUUUUGAUCAUAUGAUUUCUUUGUUGUUAGAUAGAACUCAGAUUUAUUCAUAUUGGUGUAUUAAAGUGAUUAAUUCAAUAAUUAUGAAUGUCUCUAAGAGUCAAUUAAAUAAGAUGCAUCCUGAUGUUAUAAUUCCUCUAAUUUUGGAAUGGAUUGAAACAACUGAUGAUAAUACUUUUAUUGGAGAGAUUCUCACUGCACUCCAAGUAUGGAUUAAUUGUAUGCAAAAUGAUACGGCAAGAGAAUUUCUCUGCGAAUGUUUCAAUAUUUUAAAUACUGAACACAUUUUUAAUGAGCUUGCUGAAUCUGAUGAUGAAUAUAUUGCUGAUUUAUCAACAAAAAUUUUCAAGCAGCUUACAAGUUGA